AGUAUUGCAUGCUACAUAAUAACAGCUUAGUGUAAAAAAAUUUCUAUAAAAAUUUCUUUCUUAUGAUCAGUCUUGCAACGUUAAUUGAAGAAGCAACCAAUAACCAAUUCGUUCGUGCGCAAAGUAAAACGUUUAAGUUUAAAUCUGCUGAGCAAUGGGACAAGCAAAUAGUUCACGAGAACGUCAUAAAUCUGGAGAAAUUCAACCUUGUUCUCCAGGUAAAGAUGGACAAGCAUUUGUUUUUGAUAAGAAGCCAAACAAACUUCUGUAUCAGACCUCUGGAGAAGAUGAAGAUUAUCUUAACAGCCAAAGUAUGUAACUGGGUUUUGAAAUAUCUGGCACACCAGGAAGUAUAGAUUACAAUCAUUCAGCACUAAAUCCUUCCCAUGAAGAUAAUUUUGGGAUUGAAGAAAGCUCUCCUAAAGUUCUUCCGACUGUUUUCAAGUGGGAUGGUGGUGGUAAACAAGUUUAUAUUACUGGUACCUUUUCAAACUGGAAAACAAUCCCUAUGGUUAAGAGCCAUGGAGAUUUUGUGACAAUUGUUGAUCUACCUGAAGGAGAACACCAAUACAAGUUUCUGGUUGAUGGGGAGUGGAUGCAUGAUCCAACUGAGCCUGUUACAGAUAAUGGAAUCGGAUCGAAAAACAAUAUUAUUUCAGUAAAGAAAUCGGAUUUUGAAGUUUUCGAUGCUUUGGAUAUAGACAGCAGUACUGUUUCAGGGUCUCAAGGUUCAGAAGACUAUGGUCAAGAAGUGCCGAUACCUCGACCACAAGAAAAAUUUACGCCUCCAAUUCUACCGCCUCAUUUGCUUCAAGUUAUCCUCAAUAAAGAUACCCCAUUAUCGUGCGAGCCUACCUUGCUACCGGAACCCAAUCAUGUUAUGCUUUGUCAUUUAUACGCAUUAUCAAUUAAAGAUGGAGUGAUGGUUCUUAGCGCGACUCAUCGUUACCGAAAGAAAUACGUAACCACGCUUCUUUAUAAGCCCAUUUAAGGAGGAAAAAGUUAAGUAAUCGAAUUCCAACUCGGUUAUUCUCCUUGUGUAAAUCAAACUGCGUGUGGCUAGAUAUCAUGGUUCUUAUUCAUUUAGAGAGAAAAACUAUUCAACUACUUCUACCUAUGAAAAUAUGGUUGAAAUGAUGUCUUAUUAUUUACGAUUAAGACAUUAAAGAGCUUCUCAAUUUAGCGCUUUAUGUAGCUAUUCGUCGUAUAGUUUGUUCCGUUUUACCUAACCCCUGAUAAUACAGUCAGUCGGACUAUCGCCAUCUUGAAUACAUGUGUAUACCUAAAA